GGUUUCCAAACUGGUCGCAGGAAUUAGGCGUUCGUCCUUGUCUCGCAAGUGGCGUGGGCUAGCUGAAGCCGGUAGUUGAGGUGCUGAGGGCUGCUGUAGUGGGAGUGUUCGAGCAUCCACUUGGGACACCCGGAGGAGUAUCAGACAGGAAAUAGGCUGAACAACAAGUAUCGGGAUGUGCAUGCAGGAUGUGCAUUCGUAGGAUACAGAAUGGUCAUGGCCAUGGGACAGAUUGGAGCAAUGAUCAGGGAUUGCUGCACAUAAGACUAAUCUAAAGGGAUUUAAAAGUUGAAAUUGAAGCCUGCUUUUGAAGAUGGCAGACCCAGAUGUUCUCACUGAAGUUCCAGCAGCACUGAAGCGGUUAGCCAAGUAUGUCAUCCGGGGCUUUUAUGGCAUUGAGCAUGUGCUGGCCUUGGACAUCUUGAUCCGGAACCCCUGUGUCAAAGAGGAGGACAUGCUGGAGCUGCUCAAGUUUGAUAGGAAGCAGCUUCGAUCCGUUCUGAAUAACUUAAAGGGAGACAAGUUCAUCAAAUGCAGAAUGAGGGUAGAAACUGCGGCAGAUGGGAAGACGACCCGCCAUAACUACUACUUCAUCAAUUACCGUACUCUUGUCAACGUAGUGAAGUAUAAGCUGGACCACAUGAGAAGGAGGAUUGAAACGGAUGAGAGAAAUUCCACCAAUCGGGCUUCCUUCAAAUGUCCUGUCUGCUGCAGCACUUUCACUGACUUAGAAGCUAAUCAGCUGUUUGACCCCAUGACAGGAACCUUCCGCUGCACCUUCUGCCAUACAGAGGUAGAAGAAGAUGAAUCAGCAAUGCCCAAAAAAGAUGCCCGCACGCUUUUGGCAAGAUUUAAUGAACAAAUUGAGCCCAUUUAUGCAUUGCUUCGAGAGACAGAGGAUGUAAACUUGGCCUACGAAAUACUUGAACCAGAACCCACGGAAAUCCCAGCCCUGAAGCAGAGCAAAGACCGAGCAGCAAGUGCUGCUGGAGCUGCUGGCCUGGCAGGUGGGCACCACCGGGAGGCAUGGACCAACAAAGGGCCCUCCUAUGAAGACUUGUAUACGCAGAAUGUUGUCAUUAACAUGGAUGACCAAGAUGAUAUGCAUCGCACCUCGCUGGAAGGGAAAUCUGCCAAAGAGAGGCCCAUUUGGUUGAGAGAGAGCACUGUUCAAGGGGCAUACAGUUCUGAAGAGAUGAAGGAAGGUGGCAUCGAUGUGGACACAUUUCAGGAUCGUGAGGAAACCCGGGCGGGGCCUGAUGACAACGAGGAGGUCAUGCGAGCUCUACUCAUUCAUGAGAAGAAGACUUCUUCGGCAACAGCUGGCUCGGUGGGAGCAGCCGCUCCGGUGACUGCUGCUAAUGGCAGUGACUCUGAGAGUGAGACCAGUGAGUCAGAUGAUGACUCUCCACCCCGGCCAGCUGCUGCGGCUCCUCAUCAUCGAGAUGAAGAUGAGGAAGAUGAUGAGUUUGAGGAAGUAGCAGAUGACCCCAUUGUUAUGGUGGCUGGCUGUCCAUUCUCCUACAGUGAAGUUAGCCAACGGCCGGAGCUGGUAGCUCAGAUGACACCAGAAGAGAAGGAAGCAUACAUAGCCAUGGGUCAGCGUAUGUUUGAGGAUCUCUUUGAGUGAGGUUUCCCUGCUUUUUCCUGCUGCUAGCUCAUUUCAGAGAGAAACUUCCAUCAAGUGCUUAAGGGGCUUCCUGCCUGUUUAUGUAAAGCACCUCUUAAUCUAGUACAGAAGCAUAGGAGAGAAAAAUCUGAUUUUGUUUUUAAAUGUAAGAAACUUCCCAGAAAGGUAGGUAGGUUAUAACUAUUCAGUUCCCUCUUAUUACUAACGUAUUAAUAUUUUUCUCUUUCCUUAUCUAAUUUUUUCCUUUCCCUUUUAAGACAUAUUUUUCUCACUCUGACUAAAGUGUUCCUGUCUACCCUCAGAACCCUACUAGGGAUGAAUUCACCCUAGUAUUGUAUCUGCACUGUGGUCAGGCAUUUGAGACAUACUAGUAUUGUAACUGCACUGUGGUCAGGCAUUUGAGACAUUUCCUUAUAUUUCUGUCAACCAAAGCGGCUUACCAAGAAGCAGAUCACUUCUUGGGUGAACACCCAAGCACUUCAUUUCAUCUUCCUCAAAAUUGAGUGUGGGGCCAACCUGUAAAAGAAGUGAAAGUACAGGAGAGAGGGGUGCCUGAAUGUUAGGUUCGUGUGUAAACUAGAAUCCAUGUCUGUAGACCCGAUAAGGCUGGCAGGUUGUUUCGUUUUCGUAGACCUUUUGGGUUAUACUUUAGGUGACAGGUAACAAAGCAGGUUAGAUCGACCCUCAUGGAGAAAUUCAAGGAGCAUGUGCACGAAGGAUAAGGAGUCUGCAUCCAGGAUUGAAGAACGGAGAGCACUGGGAACUGUGCCUUAGAGCUGCCUCAGUGCCAUUUGGACAUCUCUGAUGUAAAGCUGAGAAUGGCCCCACUGCUACCACUUGCUCUAUAGACCUGUGCCAGUGCUCUGAAUUAAGGAGCCAUUCCAGUACUGAGCAGUAUAGAAAUACUGAUUCUUCCGCUCUCCUUACUGUCUUCUAAAGGUCACAAAGCCUUUGUUUGUCUCUCCCUCGAGCCUCAUCAGACAUGUACAUCAGUGCCUCUACUGUGUUGUUGAGCAUUGUAACUUCAAGGAACACAGUCAUUAGCAUGGUGUUAUUCCUGAAGGCGGAACUUUAAAAAUAAAGGACUUUUAUAUCAGGUCUACGACAAUUAAACUUUUACAGUAUUUUCCCUUGCA